ACACGAUCGCGUAACUCAGUCGCUCAACAAACCACAGAGGAGGCACUCGGGAGGUGUCAAAAAGCGCGCCAAUUUUGACGUUUCGCUGACGUUUUUUUUUGGGGGGAAUCAAAGCGUUUGAAACAUGAAGUUUUUGGUGGUGCUCGCGAUUUUCUCUCUCGCUUUCGCGGCUGAGGAGAAAGAAGAGGAAAGACCGAAGACCUUCAGGAGGCUGAUCCCCGCUGACGUGCUAAGAGACUUCCCCGGAAUGUGCUUCGCGUCCACCCGCUGCGCCACCGUAGAACCUAGCCAGACCUGGGACCUGGCUCCAUUCUGCGGCCGCAGCACCUGCGUCGUCAGCGAGGACACGCCCCCUAGGCUGCUCGAGCUGGUGGAAGACUGCGGACCCCUGCCGCUGGCCAACCCCAAGUGCAAGCUUGACACAGAAAAGACCAACAAGACCGCUCCCUUCCCUGGCUGCUGUCCGAUCUUCACCUGCGAAGACGGCGCCAAGUUAGAGUACCCAGAACUCCCCACUCCCCCCCCAGAAGAAGAGAAGAAAGAAGAAGAAAAACCCAAGGCGUAAAUAAAAAUUAAAAAUAAAAUCAUCCCACAGAAUUCCUAACGCGUUUCCGAACGCAACAAAGUGACAGUUGACAGGACUUUUGGCGGUAUUUUGUAAAUAUAUUUUUAUAUAAAUCUGUGGGUCGAAAAAUUGGUCUCAAAGCCAAAAUGGCUGUCGCUCUAGUAAUUUAUGAACUUUCUA